UUUUUAUUAACAUCGGAUCGGUCAAAAAGUAAAUUUAUUGCAGCGUUGUCAAGGAAACAAGCAAAACAAGGAAAACAACAUUUGACCAACACAAAACUUUACUCGACAUUUAAAUUUUCAUCCGUAUCGCUGUUAUCGAAAGGGAAUAAAUUUUAUGCUGACUAAAUAACGAAAUCGGUCUGGAAUCGUUCCCCGGCUGCCGCGCUCUACAUGCGGUACCACGCCUUGCAAAACAGCUUAGUCUCGUACAAGAGGACACACACAGACGCACAAAACGGCCUUAAAUUAAGCCUUAUAUUAGUUGAAAAUCAAACCAUUAAUGGAUUGGAAUAAAAGCUGAUGCGAACAUCUGGAUACACGCAUUAAGUAAAUGGAAGAAUUCUAAACAAGAUGUAACCAUCCACGAUAAAUUACCAAAUAAUUUCAAUAAACAGUUGCCUUCAUUUGUUAACUAAGAUCUAGUCAAAAGUAUUUUAGUAUAAAUACAUAAAACAAACACUCAGAUAUAUAGUACAUAAACACUUGAAAUAAUUUAUAUACACACAUUUAACUAUAUACUUUAUAUAUACAACUUAUAUAUUUAUUAUAUGAUAAAAUAUUUAUGUAAUUAUCAUAUACUAAACACAUUAACAACAAAACAUCGAAUCUUGAUACGUAAAAGUUGUUAAAAAAUAUUAUGACAACACGACUUGCUACUCAGAGAAAUUUUAUACUAUCAACGGCAAACGCAAAUGUGGCUCCAACACCACCAACCGAUGCCGGUGGUCAGUCAGUUGCAACCAUCACCACCAUAGAUGAUGAUCACGUUGCAAUCGUGAACGUGUUGCCAGCAAACGAUAUCAAAAAUGAGCUUGUGUCCAUUGAAACCACAAAUGCUUGCUCUUCCUCUUCACAUGGCGACCACUUUGAAUAUAUUGAAUCUGCGGUGGAUGUUGUGGAGGAGGUCAUGACACAACAAAAUAAUCUGCUGGGCAAUGAUCAGAAUGACGCUGUUGCUCUUAUCAGCGUUGUCGUACCGAUGGAUGCGUCUGAUUCGACCGGCAGUGAUGGGCAUGUUCAUAUGCCGGAUUUAAGUGCAAUUAAAGAUGACACAGAGUUGUCGCAACAAGUGGCCAGUGGUCAAGUAACACUGUUGCAAACGCAAACUGGGGAUGGCGACGAGGGCACUCCACAGUUCAUUACCGUUACAGUUUCGGCACAAGAGGCUGGACAGAAUUAUCAAGUGCAAUAUGUAGACACCGAAUUGUAUCACGGCAAUUCCAGUCAAACCCAAAUGACAUAUCCUUUUUGCCCUGUUGCCGACUAUCAAACAAGUGGUCAAACCUACUAUUCGACGUCGGCCACAAGCAAUUAUGCUACCGCGUCGGUUGCAAAUGCGCCCAACACGCACGCUGCGUCAUUGCCAUAUUUGGUGCCAGUUGAAGAGGGCUUAUUACUCAAUACAUCAUCGCAUUCGCAGAGUCGCGACUCGCCGCAUAGCUUAACGGAAGUGACUUAUAUUCAAGAAGCUCAAAGUACACCACAAACUCCUACAUCUACAACUACAACAAACUCAGUAAGCGGCGGUAGCAUCGGUACUGGUGGCGGUGGUGCAUCCCCAGAUAGCGAACAAAAUGGACUUGGUACAACGAAUAAAGUUGCCUCAGCGACGAUCAAGUGGUUGUCACGUAACUACGAGACGGCCGAUGGCGUCAGUUUACCCCGUUCCACACUAUACAACCACUACAUACAGCAUUGCAACGAGAACAAAUUGGAGCCAGUGAAUGCUGCAAGUUUCGGCAAACUAAUUCGUUCGGUGUUCUCUGGUUUGCGUACACGUCGCUUGGGCACACGCGGCAAUUCCAAAUAUCAUUACUAUGGCAUACGCAUAAAACCGGAUUCUAUAUUGAAUCACAUGAUGGACGAAAAGCCGACAUACUCAACACAUUCCGGCAAUGGCGCAUCAAGCGGCAUUGGACAUUCAAACACUAUUGGCGGUGUAGUUUCAUCAAGUGGGGCUGGAGCUAGUGGCGGCAAUAUAAAUGUGGGUAAUCACGGUAAUCGCAGUUUGAAGAAAAUGAGUUUCAAACCGGAAUCUUAUGAAACUUGCGCACAGUAUUUGGGGGAUGGUGCAGGCGCGAUACCCUCUUUUCCCGCUAUCGAAUUGGACCACACAUACAGUAAUGAGCUCUCUCAGGAUGACGUAGAAACUUUUCGUGCAAUGUAUCGGGAACAUUGUGAAUCCUUUUUGGAUGCUGUGCUAAAUUUAGAAUUCAGUACCAUUGAAUAUUUGUGGCGUGAUUUUUGGCGUGCCACCGACAACAAUAAUUUAGAAGAAUGUGAGGAAGAAAAGUAUCUGAGCAAGACGAAACUAUACUUGUUGUGCCAUUGCGCAGAAGUGCAAAAGUUCAUCAAAGAGGUGGACUAUCAAUUUUAUCAAAAUAUGGUCGACGUCAUCAUUCCCGAUGUUCUGCGCUCCAUUCCAAACGGACUCACCCAAGCCAUUCGUAACUUUGCAAAAAAUUUAGAGCUGUGGCUAUGUGAAUCUAUGGUGGGUGUGCCCGAUCGCUUAAUACAAAUCAAAUCGGCUGCGGUAUCUGCGUUUUGUCAAACUUUACGCCGCUAUACAUCGCUCAAUCAUUUAGCACAAGCAGCUCGCGCUGUGCUUCAGAAUAAUACUCAAAUAACUCAAAUGUUGCACGACUUAAAUCGUGUAGACUUCCAUAAUGUGCAGGAACAAGCUGCUUGGGUAUGUCAAUGCGAGACAGCGGUGGUACAACGUUUAGAGAAUGAUUUCAAAGCGGCUCUUCAACAACAAAGCUCUCUAGAACAAUGGGCAUCUUGGUUACAACUAGUCGUAGAUUCUGCAUUAGAGGAAUAUCGUGGAAAACCUAGUUAUGCCAAAGCAGCGCGUCAAUUCCUACUCAAGUGGAGCUUUUAUAGUUCCAUGGUAAUACGCGACCUGACACUGCGGUCAGCGUCUAGCUUCGGUAGUUUUCAUCUCAUUCGUUUGCUCUAUGACGAAUAUAUGUAUUAUUUGGUCGAACAUAAAAUAGCCGAAGCUCAACAAAAGACCGCCAUUGCUGUCAUCUGCGAUCGAAUGCAAAAGGAUAUUGACUUUGAAUUCGAUUAUCAGUUGGAGUUUAUCAAUGAAAAUCAUACAGCCGAUUGCGCUACUCCUUCGGUUGGUAAUUCGGCGAAACGUUUAAAGCACGAAUGAGUAAGUGCUGUCGCAGAUUUUCAAAACGUAUGUAGAACAACACCCAGUAGUAUUCAAUGCGGCGAUGUUGGUGUUUUGCAAACAAAAUUCGCCGAGUAUCUUUGCUUAUUGGCAUCCUUAUAGUAGUAACAAUAGUCAAAAGUGAAAGCCCCAGCUACACUAAACACUCUUGAAACCGCAAUAACUUUUAAAUGUAUAUAACAUACUUAUGUGUGAAUGCAAAUAUCUAUGUAUACAUAUGGGCGAGAACAGAUACUUUUCUUUGUUUCUACAAAAUACAAAGAAUCAAGACAUUCUAUCCUAAUUAAAAUACUAUAUGUAAAAGAAAGAAAGCAGCAAAUGUUGUAAAAUUUAA